GGAAGUUGAUACAAAAAGUCGUCGCCCGAGCCCGACAGUGCCCGACCCAGUUUGAAGCAGCGUAGUGAAAAACGCGCUCGCCACAAGUUCAUCGAGUCAACGUUUGAACAGUCCCAGGCACGGUCAAGACUCGAGAGCUUGGAGCUUUUGCAGCUGGGAGCUGGGAGCUGGGAGCUGGGAGGUCGACGAACAAGUCAGAGCAUAGAAGAUUUAGCCCUGUAAGUCAGAGCGGCUGCAAAGUUCUCAGGAUUCACAGGGAAGACAUCACAGGUGUAGAGUAGCGGUAGAGUAGCAUGAUAGCGGAGCGGAGGAAAUGGAGAAAGGAGGAGGAUGCCACAGCGAUGGGCAGGAGCCCACCGUGUGGGAUUAUGUAGUGGUGAGCGUCAUAGCGGUAGGCUGUGUGAUACACAUAGCUGGGAACACGAUACUGAUUAGGCGCAGGGACUACAAGCCGAUACAUGCCAGGGGUGUGUGGCUAACUUCGCUGAGCUCGGUCGGGGGAUUGAUUUGGGUGCUAGCCACUGUCGUCGUUAUGAAGCACUUCCCGCGGGUGAACAAGAGACCAUUCAACAUAUGCUCGCUGUGGACGUUUUGGCUCCAGGCUUGCUUUGGGUUUGCUCUCUGGCUCAAUUGCCUCACCGUUCGAAUGGGGCAGCUCUAUUUGGUGACCAUCAGGAAAAUGCGUGUGCUCAGGCAAGACCGUCUCAAGCUCACUGUCCUUCCUCUCGUCGUUCUGCUCUCCCCUACGAUCGUCAUCUCGACUUUUGCGUCCGCUAAGGGUGCCGUCAAGUACUGUCCUGACCUGCAAGACUGCGUUGUCCACCAGAAGGCGUUUGCCAUUGUCACCAUCUGUAUGCUUCCUCUAUACUCGCUGAUCUUUUUCUGGUUUGCUUUCCAGCUCCGAAACAUCAUGUCUCAAUGGAACGAGUUCCGACAGAUUCGAAUCGGUGGGAUCAUGUCGUUUUUCCUUUUCCUUCUCUCGGUGGUGACUUUGGCGGCCAAGACUUACUGCAAUCCCAGAGGUCGGGCCUUUCUCUCGCUCGCUGUAGCAGGGGCAGUGUUUUAUUACUUCUGGGCUCGCAACUGGGAAGUUAUCUACAACGUCAUUUGCAACGAGGAGGAGUACUUCCGAAAUUUCGCUAACGAUCUAAACAGAUUGUCCGAACGAUCCAGGUCAUCCCACUUCGAGCGCAAUCCCAUGGAGAGACUGGUGUUAGUAACGAAAGAGGACGCGAGGAGCGCCCUGCAAGAGCUAAAAGCGCUCCAAGACGACGUCUCCAGUCUCACCCAGACCCACGCACAGUUGCAAAGGGACGUUUGUGGUGGAAGCGUUACUCCAGUUCCCACUGAGGCGAUCGAGAUGUCGACAAUUCUUUGAUUCUUUUCCGAAACUAGAAAACUGGUUCCGUGAUUUGCUUUGCUCUUCCCGUCGCUGCAAAGCAUUCUCAGUGGUGUCAAGAAAAGAAAGAAAAAUCUUAACAAAGUACGAGCUUACCUCGGGCAA